UAUAUACACAAUCGAUUACUGGUGAUGAGAAUGCAGCUUCAUAUAUCCCCAAGUUUACGACAUGUAACAGUGUUACCGGCAAAGGGAGUGAGGGAGUUUAUGAAAGUAAAGGUUGGAUCAAGAAGGGUGUCUUACAGGAUGGUGUUUUAUUCACUUUUGUUCUUUACUUUUCUUCUUCGGUUUAUAUUUGUGUUAACGGCUGUGGACACCAUUGACGGUCAAUCUAGAUGCUCCACCAUUGGUUGUCUGAAGAAAAUAGGACCAAGCAUGUUGGGUAAAAACCUUCAAGAAACUGUCCCAGAAGUAAUAUACCAAGUCUUGGAGGACCCCUCGAGUAAAUAUGACAUCCCAGGAGGAUCUGAAGCUGAUAUCCCUCAAACAUUGGAAGAUUUUCUUUCUAGUUUGAAAGGCAGUAAUAGAAUGGAUGCAAAGACCUUUGCUAUCAAUCUCAAAUCCAUGGUCACCCUUCUUGAACAAAGAACUAGAAACGCCAAAAUCCAAGAAUACCUUUACCGCCAUGUGGCAUCCAGCAGCAUACCGAAACAGCUUCACUGUCUUGCUCUUCUGCUAGCCAAUGAGCAUGCCAGCAAUGCUGCCGCCCGCCUCCAGCUCCCAUCACCUGAGCUUGUGCCAACACUCGUUGAUAAUUCCUACUUCCACUUUGUUCUAGCAUCAGACAACAUUCUUGCAGCCUCUGUUGUUGCAACGUCACUUGUUUACAACUCACUGCGUCCCGAUAUGGUGGUUGUUCAUAUAAUCACUGAUAGAAAGACCUACUCACCGAUGCAGGCAUGGUUUUCCUUGCAUCCAUUAACACCAGCUGUCAUUGAGGUUAAGGCGUUGCACCAUUUUGAUUGGUUCGCAAAGGGAAAGGUUCCCGUUUUGGAGGCAAUGGAGAAAGAUCAGAGGGCUCGUGCUCAGUUUAGAGGUGGGUCAUCAGCCAUUGUGGCUAAUAACACUGAGAAACCUUAUGUUAUUGCUGCAAAGUUGCAAGCUAUGAGUCCUAAGUACAACUCGCUCAUGAACCAUGUUCGAAUCUAUCUUCCAGAGAUGUUUCCAAGUCUUAACAAGGUAGUCUUCCUAGACGAUGAUCUUGUGGUUCAAACUGAUCUUUCACCUCUAUGGGAUAUUGAUAUGAACGGAAAAGUAAAUGGAGCGGUUGAAACAUGCAAAGGAGGGGAUAAAUUUGUGAUGUCGAAAAGAUUCAAGAGCUACUUGAAUUUUUCUCAUCCAUUAAUAUCAAAAAAUUUCAAUGCAGAUGAAUGUGCUUGGGCCUAUGGUAUGAACAUAUUUGAUCUUGAAGCUUGGAGAAAUACCAACAUAAGCCAGAACUACCAUUACUGGCUUGAAGAGAACUUGAAAUCAGAUCUCAGUUUGUGGCAAUUAGGAACAUUACCUCCCGGUUUGAUAGCAUUUCAUGGGUAUGUUCAUAUUAUUGACCCUUUUUGGCAUAUGUUAGGCCUUGGAUAUCAAGAGAAUACAAGCAUAGCUGAUGCUCAAAGUGCUGCUGUCAUCCAUUUUAAUGGCCGCGCAAAACCAUGGUUAGAUAUAGCAUUUCCAGAGCUACGGGCCCUAUGGGCGAAAUACAUCAACUUCUCAGAUAAAUUCAUCAAGUCCUGCCACAUUAGAGCAUCUUAGCAACGGGGCACAUUUAAGACUUUGUGGUAAUACUUUAUGUAUAUGAAAAACCGGAAUACCAAGAAAGCAAGGAGAAGGGUUUUUGUU